AUGCAUCAAUUCUCAUCGGAUAGUCAAUCUGUAUCCAGCAUGAGCAAAGACAAAGCUACUGGCUACUCUUUGAAUAAAGAUGAUGAUAUCAUUUUAACCUCUAAAUCGAUCGGUGAUGAUUUCAUUACGGAAACGGUAUCUGAACAAGAAUCCAUUGACAAAGUUUACGACAAUGAUGCAUCAGGUUGGUUUCAUAAAGCUAUAGAGUAUUUAUCCGUUAAAGGUCCAAAUGGUGAACAAGGUAUCGUGGAAACUUACUUAUACAAUGACGAUCUUCGUCCGGUUGAAGCCGAACGUAGAGUCUGGACAUGGAGACAAUAUAUCUACUUUUGGAUAUCCGGUUCUUUCAACGUUAACACAUGGCAAAUUUCGGCCACUGGUUUACAACUAGGUUUAAACUGGUGGCAAACUUGGAUUUGUAUCUGGGUUGGUUAUUUCUUCGUCGCUAUCUUUUUGGUCGCUGGUUCUCGUGUCGGUAACAUGUACCACAUCUCUUUCCCAAUCGCUUCUCGUAUUUCCUAUGGUCCAUAUUUCGCCAUUUGGGUCGUUUUGAAUAGAGUUGUCAUGGCUUGUGUUUGGUUCUCUACUCUAGCUUGGUUAGGAGGUGAAUGUGUUCAAUUGAUGCUAAGAACAAUCUUCGGUAACGAUCUACCACAAAGGUUAGGUGACCACAUCCAAGAUCCAAACUUAAAUAACUACCAAUUCAUGUGUUUCAUGCUAUUUUGGAUCGUUGGCUUGCCUUUCUUAUGGUUUCCACCUCACAAGCUACGUCAUGUCUUUGCUGUCAAAGCAGUAUUGGCUCCAAUCGCUGCUUUUGCAUUCUUGAUUUGGACUUUGAUCAAAGCUGAUGGUAAGUUAGCAUUUGGUAACUUAACCGGUGGAUCAGCUCUAUCUAAAUCUGCAACUGCCUGGGCUGUUAUCAGAUCCAUAAUGAGUGCCUUGGAUAACUUUUCCACAUUGAUUUUAAAUGCUGCUGAUUUCUCUCGUUUCGCCAAAUCGCCAAAAUCAUCUACGUAUUCUCAAUUCAUUGCUUUGCCAUUAUGUUACGCAAUCAUCUCCUUGAUUGGUAUCUUAACCACAAGUGCUGCCUACAAUAUGUACGGUAUUAACUACUGGAGUCCUUUAGACGUUUUAGACCGUUACUUAGAUAACUUCAACAAAGGUAACAGAGCUGGUGUCUUUUUAAUUUCCUUUGUUUUUGCUUUCGAUCAAUUAUCCUCCAAUUUAGCUGGUAAUGCAAUUCCAGCUGGUACAGAUAUGACAGCUUUGUUCCCAAAAUUCAUUAACAUUAGAAGAGGUUCUUACAUUUGUGCUGCUUUGGCCCUAUGUAUCUGUCCAUGGGAUCUAAUGGCUUCAUCUUCUAAGUUCACUACUGCUUUAAGUGCAUAUGCCGUUUUCUUAUCUGCUAUUGCUGGUGUGCAAUUCGCUGAUUAUUUCAUUGUCAGAAAGGGUUACAUCAAUGUUUACCAUUGUUACACUAACAGAAUGGACUCCUUCUACAUGUAUAACAAAUAUGGUACUAAUUGGAGAGCUGUUGUUGCGUACAUUGCUGGUAUUGUUCCAAAUUUCACCGGGUUCAUUGGUUCAUUGGAAAUAUCUGUUCCAGAAGGUGCCAUGAAAGUUUACUACUUAAACUAUUUCAUUGGUUACUUUGUUUCUGCUCUAGUAUACAUUAUUUUAGUUUACUACUUCCCAAUUAAAGGUGUUCCAAACAAUGCUAAGAUCACCGACAGAGUAUGGUACGAAAGUUGGAUUGAAGUUGAAAAUUUCACUGAAACCAGAGCUUCAUACGAAAAAUUCGGUGACGAAAAUGUUGAAGUCAGACAGAGUGUCUGA